UGAUUGGCGCUGCUUCCCAGGGAGCAGUGGGUGCCGUGGUAGCAGCUUCUCUCAGCGCAGUGACCGAACCCUUGGUGAACAACAUGCUGGUGAAGCGGACACCCUUGAUGGAGGCUAUCAAGCAGCUGGAUGCCCAGAUGAUCAAGAAAUUCUUGCAGACCACUUUGGCAACGAACUUCAUCAAGUUCCCAUUUUUUGAAGCUACCGACAUCAUCAUGCAGGGUGUCCAUCUUACUCCCACUGCCAAAGCAGCAGUGUUUGGAUCCGUCUGCACCAUCACCCUGCCAAUCACCAACUACCGGUUCCGAAAAUCCAUGAAUUUGCCAGUGACUCCAGGCAAUCUCUACCAGGCCUGUGGUCCGACAGCUUUGCGAGACAUCAUCUAUGGCAUUGCUCGCAACAAGGUGUCAAUCUUCCUGACGAGCUUGAACCCUGCCAUUGCGAGCACCAUGAUGGGAAGAGUCGUGAGCAUGUUCGCCACCGUUGUGGCAGCAUGUGUUUUGUCGGCGCCUGGCAACGAGCUGCGAGGCUACUGCUUGCAGCCUCCAGACCGCAAGCAAUCCUUCGCGGAUUUCUUCCAGCCAGCCAAGUUGAUUCGGAGUACGUCGGUGGGUGCCAUCAUCAUGGGCAUUAGCUUGGCUAUUGGCACAAUGGCAACACCACAGGCGGAGAAACUCAUCGAGGUCAUGAAAAAGUACUUGCAAAAGAACCCUCUCAGCUAUGUCGUGAUCAUUCUUUUCGUCCUGCAGCAGGUCAUUAGUACGCGUCGCCAAAGCGAACUUGUUGCAAAACUCGGUGCCAAGGAGCAGAUCUUGGCUCCGGUGAACUGUGAAAAACCACAGCUGGAGGAGGACCUUUUGCAAGUGGCUUCCGCAGAGGAGGAGUCUGAGAAGGACACGAGGCGACUCUCACUUGGUACGACGGCGACGAGGUUUGAUGAGUCUGACGAGGGGGAGGAUAUCAAUAAGGUGGAUGAUCAUUCGGACAGAGAUGGUGUUGCCCAGGCCAUCUCCACAGUCUAUUCAACAUUUCAGUGUGCCGACUCUUUUCAAAUUCUCUAUAUGGCUGUCUUGCAGCCCAUGUUUACAAUUUAA